AUGCAGCUCGCCGGGCGUUUGUUUAUCACGGCGCUGUCGUGUUUUGUCCUCUGCACGACGGGGAGGACCGAGCCUGUCGGUGGAUUCACAGACUUCAGCCUCCACCCCAGUUCACUGGCGUGGCUCAACGACUUGCAAGCCAAACAGGGAGCCACCAACAACCUGGUGUGGUUGCUCUACAAACUUGCCAAGUCCCAAAACGAGAUGAUCCAGCGCGAGCGAAGCGACGAAGAGGACGAGGGGAAGAAUCGGCGGGACACGGAGGCCGAUCGCCUUUUGGCGUCCCGGGUUCGCGGUGAAGGCUGCCGGAUCUUCUUCUGGAAAUCCUGGACCUCUUGCUGA